AUGACAGUGUCCGAAACCCUCAAAUCCGCAAUUGGGAUCUCUUCCGAGCCAGCGCCCGCGACACGGGAGGAGAUGCGCGAAGCGCGGCUGCCGAUUCAGUACCGGGACGGGUGCGCGAACCUGCUCAUCCCGCUGAACAGGUGCCGGUUUGAGACGUAUUACUUGCCGUGGAAAUGUGAGACCGAGAGACACAGCUACGAAAAGUGCCAAUACGACGAGUUCAAGAAGCGGGUAGCAAAGAUGGAUGAGCUGAGGGCCGCGAAGGGUGGAGAGAGGAGUAAUUGA